ACCACACCUAGCAACAAUGGCCAAGGGACGCGCAAAAGACUUCAAGGAUCCUGAUGAGGAAUUGGCCAAGGAUUACGAUCCCGAAGCCAAUGGGCACAGCGACAAUGACAAUGGGAGCGGCGCCAGCGAGGAUGAGCGCGCCGGCACGGAGCACUACGUGACUGUUGGGCGCAGCAAGCUUCGCGAGAAGGAAGGGAUUUCUCUGGGGCGGCAGUACCGUGGGUCUCGGGUUUCGCGCAAGGCUUUAGAAGAGGAGGAGGAGGGCGACGAACCCGAAGAUGAAGACGAAGACGACGACGAUGAUGAAGAUGAGGACGACGAGGAUGACGGCGAGUACGAUGAUCCGGAGGAGGCUAAUCUAGAAGCCGACACUGCUGAGGCCAGCGAUUCGGAAAUCAGCAGCGACAAUGCUCUGGCGGAGUCCGACGAUGAGCGAUUAGGGAACUUUGUGUUCCGGGGCAGCUCGAAGCCUAAGAAGCCCAAGAGCAAGCGAGCUUCUGCGGCGGACUUUAUGUCUGCGUCUGAGGAUGAGGAGGGCGAGGACGACGAAGACGACGAGGACGAAGACAUGGACGAUGGCCUUGAUGACUUGCUCAAUGGUCUCGGAGCUUCCGACGAAGACGAAGAUGGCGACGAAGAUGAAGAAGAGGAUGAUGACGAGGAUGACGAGGAUGACGAGGAGGACGAAGAGGAUGAAGAGGACGAAGAAGAAGAUGAUGAUGACGAAAAGGAAGAAUCAGCAAAGGAAAGCGCGAAACCUUCCCUGGCUGCUCCGUCAAUUCAGACCGAGGUCCAGAAAGGAAUUGCUAUUCAGCAGCAGCGAAAAAUCUACGAUGGGCUCUUGAACAUGCGCAUCCGGCUCCAGAAAGCGCUCGUCGCGGCGAAUACCUUUCCCACGCUAGAUGCAGACUCGAGCUCCGAGACGGAGGCUUACGAAGCCGCUGAAGAGGCUGCCAUCAAACUGCUCAACACCAUUAGCGAUCUCCGAGAAAACUUGGCCCCCCCAACCGCCGCAGGCAGCAAGCGGAAGCGAACGUUGGAAAUUGGUCUUUCCAACGAGCAGAUCUGGGAGCAGAUUCAGGAGGAUCACCAAAGAGCCGUCAAGUUCCGAGAAGACAGGCUGGACAAGUGGUCCCGCAAGGUGCAGAGCGUGACAGUCGCUGCGCCAAACAAACUCGGCGCAAAGAAGCCCAAGACGCUCAUCGAGGCUCUGCAAGACCAGCUCGCCGAUCCCGACGACAGGCUCGUCAAGCGUACACGAGUGCCUCGGUCCUGCGCACCGGUCCAGGCCGCCAAGAAGGUUACCGAGAGCGGGGACGUCUACGACGACGCCGACUUUUACCAGCUGCUCCUGAAGGAGCUCGUGGACCAGCGCACGGUGGAGUCGGCCGCGGAGCAGUCCAGCGCCGUGGCCUCUGUGAUGCUUACCGCCAACAAGGAAGCCAAGACGCGCAAGGUGGUGGACCGAAAAGCGAGCAAGGGGCGAAAGAUGCGGUUCACGGUGCACGAGAAGCUGCAGAACUUCAUGGCGCCUGAAGACAGGAGGAGCUGGGAACAGGAGGCGAUUGAUCGCUUCUUUGGGACGCUGUUUGGCCAGAAGAUGGAGCUGAAUGAGGAGGAGAGCGAGGACGAUGAGAUGGAGGCUCUGUAUAAGCAGGACGAGGGACUGCGGCUGUUUAGGUGA